AUGCCGACCGCCGGGCUCAAGACCAUCAUCGCCCUUUCCUUCGUCCUCGCCGUCGGAUUUCUCCUCGUCAUCCUCUCCUGCGCCCUCUGGAAGGUCUACUACCCGCUUCUCGUUGUCGCUACCUACGUGCUGGCCCCGAUCCCCAACUGGGUCUGCUCGCGAUGCACCAACCCUGAUGACUUUGGCGAGGGUUCCGGCUCCGCCGUGCUGGACCUCGGCCGCUUCUGCACUGGGUUCAUGGUGGUUAUGGGAAUUGCCCUGCCCAUCGUUCUCGCCCACUCCGAUCUCAUCCAGGUUGAGGCCAUGGUUAUGUCGAUAAUCGGCGGUCUCCUCAUUUACGGAACCAUCAUCAGCUUUAGCAUGUUCUUUCAGGAGGAGCAGGACUUCUGA